CAUCAUCAUUAAAAUGACAUGUGCCGGACCUCCGGUACAAGACAAGAGAAGAAGUUCUCGCUUUCCGGUGAAGCAAGAGAGACCGAUCGCUUAUUGAUAUGCUCUUUCAGGCAAUCUCUGAGAAAAUAAUUUCAGUAUAUGGCUUCUACCGCUACGGCGUUGUUGCUGUUCACGGCGGCGACGGCGGUCUUAUUGGCUGGGUUACCGGGAGCAAAAUCGGAGUACAUAGCUUAUAACACGACGGGCGGAAUUGUCCCCGGAAAAAUCAAUGUUCAUUUAGUUCCCCACUCUCACGACGACGUCGGGUGGCUUAAGACCGUUGACCAGUACUUCGUAGGCGCCAACAACUCAAUUCGCGGCGCUUGCGUUCAGAACGUCCUCGACUCUGUAAUUUCGGCCUUGCUGGAAGAGAAGAAUCGGAAGUUCAUCUAUGUCGAGAUUGCAUUCUUUCAGAGAUGGUGGAGACAGCAAAGCCCGGCCUUGAAGGCUAAAGUCAGGGAGCUGGUCAGCUCUGGUCAGCUCGAGUUCAUAAAUGGAGGAAUGUGUAUGCACGACGAGGCCACCCCGCAUUACAUGGACUUGAUUGAUCAGACAACUUUAGGCCAUCAAUUUAUACUGAAAGAAUUUGGUCAGGUUCCUCGAGUCGGCUGGCAGAUUGACCCUUUUGGCCACUCUGCUGUUCAAGCUUACCUGCUUGGUGCUGAGUUAGGAUUCGAUUCCCUCUUUUUCGCUCGAAUAGAUUACCAAGAUAGAGCUAAGCGACUCCGGGAUAAGACUCUUGAAUUUAUAUGGCAGGGUUCUAGAUCCCUUGCUUCAUCUUCGCAGAUUUUCACAGGCAUUUUCCCCAGGCAUUAUGAUCCCCCUGAUGGUUUCGUGUUUGAAAUAAAUGAUGUGUCACCCCCUAUUCAGGAUGACGUUCUCAUGUUUGACUACAAUGUUCAAGAGCGAGUCAACGACUUUGUUGCAGCUGCUUUAGCACAGGCUAAUGUGACAAGAACAAACCAUAUUAUGUGGAACAUGGGGACAGAUUUCCGCUAUCAAUAUGCAAAUUCAUGGUUCAGGCAGAUGGACAAAUUCAUUCAUUAUGUCAAUCAGGAUGGGCGUGUCAAUGCAUUGUAUUCAACCCCAUCAAUCUACACUGAUGCAAAAUAUGCAACAAAUGAACAAUGGCCUCUAAAAACUGAUGAUUUCUUCCCGUAUGCAGAUAAACCUAAUGCAUAUUGGACUGGUUAUUUUACAAGUCGUCCAGCCCUUAAAGGUUAUGUCAGAAGUAUGAGUGGUUACUAUCAGGCAGCUAGGCAAUUGGAAUUCUUUAAAGGCAGAAUUGAUUCUGGACAAAAUACUGAUGCAUUAGCUGAUGCUUUGGCUAUUGCUCAACAUCAUGAUGCAGUUAGUGGUACAGAAAGACAGCAUGUUGCUGCUGAUUAUGCAAUGCGUCUGUCAAUAGGCUAUUUACAGGCUGAAAAGGUGGUUGCUUCCUCUCUUGCUUACCUUUCCAAGUCAGAAUCAAGAUCCGGACAGGAGCAAACUGUCACAAAUUUUCAACAGUGUCCUCUCCUAAAUAUUAGUUAUUGUCCUCCAUCAGAAGCUGUCUUGUCUGAUGGAAAAAAUUUGGUUGUUGUUGUCUACAAUCCACUUGGUUGGAAGAGAGAAGAAGUGAUACGUAUCCCCAUUUCCUAUGAAAAGGUUACUGUUCAGGAUUCCGGUGGAACAGAAAUUGAAGCUCAGCUUCUACCCCUAUCAAACGCUUCUUUGAGGUUAAGGAGUUACUAUGUUAGAGCAUAUUUGGGUAAAACUCCAGGUGAACCACCCAAGUAUUGGCUAGCAUUUUCAGUGACAGUACCACCAAUUGGUUUCAGUUCUUACACUGUCUCAAUUGCAAAACAGACAGGUCGUGGUUCAACUGUCUCCAAAGUAUACUCGUUAGAGAGAAGUAUGAAUAAGACCAUAGAAGUUGGGAAAGGAAGUUUAAGGCUGCAUUAUUCUGCAGAUGAAGGAAAACUUGCUCGUUAUGUUAAUAGCAGAAGUAAGGUUUCAUCAUCUGCUGAACAAUCAUAUAGUUAUUAUAGUGGAAAUGACGGGACUGACAAAGAUCCUCAGGCGUCUGGGGCAUAUGUGUUUCGACCAAAUAGCACAAUUCCUAUACAGUCUGAAUGGAAGGUAGUCAAAUAUGUUCCUCUAAUUGUCAUGCGGGGUCCAGUUCUAGACGAAGUACAUCAACAGCUCAAUCCAUGGGUAUCUCAGAUUACAAGGGUGUACAAGGAAAAGGAUCAUGCUGAAAUUGAGUUCACUAUCGGGCCUAUACCCGUGGAUGAUGGGAUUGGGAAGGAAAUCACAACUCAAAUUACAACAGCCGUGAAGACCAAUAAGACAUUCUACACAGAUUCUAACGGCCGGGACUUCAUUAAACGGGUUCGAGAUUUCAGGACAGAUUGGGACCUACAAGUGAACCAACCAAUAGCUGGAAACUAUUACCCUAUUAAUCUUGGAAUUUAUGUUCAAGAUGGCAGUACGGAAGUUUCAGUCUUGGUUGAUCGUGCAGUGGGAGGAACUAGCUUAGUAGAUGGUCAAAUAGAGCUGAUGCUCCACAGGAGGUUGCUUCAUGAUGAUACCCGAGGUGUUGGUGAGGUACUGAAUGAAACAGCUUGCAUCCCUGAGAAGUGUGAAGGUUUAACUAUCCAAGGGAACUUUUAUGUGAGGAUCGAUAAUCUUGGAGAAGGUGCUAAGUGGCGUCGCACGCUUGGGCAAGAGAUAAAUUCUCCGCUUCUUUUGGCCUUCACAGAACAGGAUGGAAAUGAUUGGGUGAAUUCUCAUGCAUCGACUUUCUCUGGAAUUGAUCCUUCCUAUGCUUUACCAAACAAUACUGCUGUCAUAACACUCCAGGAACUUGAAAAUCGUGAAGUUCUCCUCCGGCUGGCUCACCUAUAUGAGAUUGGAGAAGACAAAGACUAUUCUGUACUGGCGAAUGUGGAACUAAAGAAGUUGUUCCCAACAAAGAAGAUCAGCAAAGUGACAGAGAUGAGUUUGUCGGCCAAUCAAGAAAGAUCCGAGAUGGAGAAGAGGAGGUUAGUAUGGAAAGUAGAAGGUUCCGACCAAGAGUUCAAGGUUGUGAGGGGUGGACCUGUCGACCCUGCAAAACUGGUUGUGGAACUAGCCCCAAUGGAAAUACGCACUUUCAUUGUCGACUUUGAUCACCUCCGUACGUACGGUUCGUGAAAAUGAAGCUUUUGUGCCUCUCGUACAAUUGCAUCGGAGUUGCGUUUUGAGGGUGUCUCAGUGUUCCAAGGGACACUCAGUCCUUGUUGUAGAGUUGUUUAGUAAAUGUAUCUGUAGCGUAAUAAGAAUCUCUAUAUAUGAAGGGAGACUGGUAGUUUGGUUCAAUUUCCACAAUAUGUUAAAAACAAGUUGGAACCUUUGUUUGAGAGUGCUUAAAUGUCUUGUUUUGUGAGUGAAAAAUUGAUAAGUGACAUCUGUUAAAGUGAAAAGUUCCAAAUCAAAUAUUGCUAGUUAAUACUUA